CUUCCGCCGCAAAUAGCACGAUGUAAUAGGUUCACCAAGGGUGCAAUGAGCUUAAGUCAAGUUGGAUCCUUUCCAACCAAGAAACUGCAUACUCUAUCUGAUCACAAUGGACAAGUUCACGCUCUGACCUACUCCUCCGGAUCAUCUCAAUACCUCCUCACAGGCUCCACAGAUCGCACAAUCCGCCUGUUCAAUCCAGCGAAAGGCACACUCAUCCAAAAGUACGUGGGGGGCCACGGCUACGAAGUGCUCGACAUAAGCGUUGCGCAAGACAACACCACAUUCGCGUCUGUCGGUGGCGACAAGCUCGUCUUUCUGUGGGACGUGGCCACGGCGCGCACGGUUCGACGAUGGGAGGGUCAUUCCGGGCGCAUCAAUGCCGUGAGUUUCGCUGGCGAGGGGGACAGCGUCGUUGUUAGCGGCAGUUAUGACGCCACGGUCAAACUUUGGGAUGGAAAGAGCCAGAGCUACAAACCGAUUAUGAGCCUAGGGGAGGCAAAGGACAGUAUUUCAAGUGUUCUUGUGUCCAGGUGGGAGGUUUCGGCUGGCUGUGUAGAUGGAAGGGUGAGGACUUAUGAUAUCCGCAUGGGGAAGUGCAUUGUGGAUGUCGUGGGUCAUUCGGUCACUUCUCUUGCCGGCACGAAGGAUGGUGCGACUGUGCUUGUUUCCACGCUGGACUCGAUGAUACGGCUAUUUGAUCGCAGAGACGGGAAACUGCUGCAAUCGUUCAAGGAUGAAGGAUUCCGGAAUGAAGACUACCGCAUACGAGCAGCUCUAGGGAUGAACGAUAGCAUUGUUAUUUCUGGCAGCGAAGAUGGAAGCAUAUAUGUAUGGGAUCUCGUCGAGGCAAAAUUGCUACACAAGCUCAGUCACGUCACAAUGGGCAUAACUGCAAGCGGAAGCAAGAAGAGGGAUGUGGUGAGCGCAGUAGCGUACUGUCCCAGCGGCAGAAAAGAAUGGUGUAGCGCCGGUGGGAAUGGGGUUGUUGUUGUCUGGGGAACUGGAGAACACGACUGAUGAAUAGAAUCUUUUACGGACCAGGCCUACAGCUGCGUGGACAACCAUUCACGAUUCAGGGUGCUACACUUGGUCUAAACGACAGAGAAGGCUCGAGAGAUACGCGCACAACAGUCCUUUGAUUCAGAAGCAUUGUCUAUGCAACGGGGACUCCCAUGACCAAAGCAGAAAAUCUUGCAGGCCCCAACCUGAAUGCCUUGCACCAAAAUCCCACGACCCAGCCGUCUGGCAUAGGUAGCACCCGAAUGCCAAAAGUACAAACAUACAGUGGAGAACAUGAAACAACUGCAAAGUGCAGGCGAUGGCGCAAUCCCUGCAUCCGAUUCAGUACGAGGAGGCAAUGCAACAUGCGCCUUCAGGUAUCCACUUCUCUUUUGGGAAAGCAAUCGACCCCGUCGCUAUGCAAAAAUGCCUACCAAAGGAAAAAAGUAAAAAAAUGUGCAACUUUUGUUUAGAAAAAAGGUACCAUGUCCCCCCAUACAAACAUCCCUCCCCCCGCGGUGCGGCUUCGUUCGAUCAAUUUGGCUGUACGACUCCAUUUUCGCUGCAGUCGUUCCUCAAUGCGCUGAGUGCCCGCUCGAGCUCCGCUUCUGCUACGGUAACCGUCCCUGACUUGGCAGUAGAAAGAUAACUCAUUUCUACCGCGUUGUCAAGGCCAAGCUUUGUACCACCGACCAAGCGUCCUGCAACUCCGCAAACAAUGCCUGUAGAUUCUAAUGGAAGCGUCCUCAGAUCAAGGAUAAUCGGAAUGAGGAUAUCUUCUUUUGAUCCGAGAAGAACAGACUGCGAUCCUAUACCUGAGGUCUGCUCGAAGAAGGGCAGCAUUCUUUGCUCAAGAAGCAAGCUGGGCGGUUCUGUAUCCGUCAGCGUUAGGCUGAGGAAUUUCGGGCCAACAGCGAGACAUUGCACAAGCCCAAGGGACAGUCUAUCAUUAAUCGGUGUUGAAUCAUCAAUACGCCCGGCACAUUGUACCAGCUUGAUGCUCUCGUCCACGGUUGGAACAAUAUGAUGCCUUUUCAGUGUUGCAAAAGUUCGCGUCUGCAGUUCAGUGAUUGUAGUAGGCGGUGGAGUUCCGGGUAAGGAUAUAUCAUGAGAUGAUGAUGUUUGACGGUGGGAAUAUGAAGCACUGGUCGAUGAUGAUUUGUGCGGUUCGAACGCAAAGCCUCGAUUUUCGAGAGCAGAGAUGACUUGGCUUCUCGCACGGAGGGGAACUAGAAUGUAAUCCGAAAAGUAGGUUGUGAUGAAAAAUAUGGAGAUGCCCGCCAUAGCCAGCGGAG